AUGGCGAGCCCAACCGGAUCCAGAAUUGGGUACUAUAUGGAUGGAUCAUCAGCGGUACCAAUAUACUGCCCAAAUGGAAAAGCUUUCGGUAUCACCGACCAGCUUGGACGGUGCGACAUCACACGAGCAGCGACGGCAAUCGAAUGUUUGUCAGGAGGCAUCCCGGACGGAUAUGUAUUAGAGAUAUAUGUCUUCGCGACCUACGGAUACAGCGUCACUAUCACUCAGUCACAGUAUUGCCCAUCUUCCGCGCCUUGCGUGACCGUCACCUUGCAUGAGAAUAUGGAAACUUCGGCGAGUAGUUUUACCAUGUUCCAAUGUCGUGGCUCGAUUCAACUCCCGCGCGGUGUUACAGAGGUGUUCAUGUCCAUUCCUUCCACCGUAGCCAUCACGACAAAUACAGAGAAUGUGCGACAGCAAACCACUAGAGGAAGGGAUAUCAGUAGCUUGGCCCCGACCUCGAGGUCAACGGCCUCAGCUCCAGGCCAAACUGAAAAUGCAGUCCAAGGUGGUGGGACCAAUCCUGGCAUAAUUGCCGGUGCGGUCGUCGGAUCGGUAGUAGGUCUUGGUCUUAUAAUUACAGCCUUGGUAUUCGCCUUUUUACUAGGAAGGAGGAGAGCAUCCGGAAAUGGUUCAAGUGGCGGGCGCAAGGACGAUGGAGAUAUCUUGGGGCCAUUACCUCUCAAGGAAACAAUGACAACUCCGGAGUUGCAAGCCAAUAAGACUACGGCUAUCUUCACGCAAUUCUCUAGUCCUCUAGAACUGGCUGCAGAUGCUAGGGCAAACGGCCCAAGGACUGAACUCCCAGAGUGUGGGAGGCCCGAGCCCCCAGAGCUGAUGGCGGACAGUAGAGGAGCGGGUCCUGGUUCUGAGCUUCCGGUGACGCCCUCCUCACACCAAUGGCCUACGCCAGGCACAGAGCCAUCUCGUUACGAGAUGGAGGGUUCAUAUCGUCCGUCUCAAGCCCCAUAG